GUGACAAUGAGGAAGUAGUGUUGCAAUGAAUGGACUCGAGACGUGUUUGUCUGGAGUAGGUGUUACAUAUAUGGUGUUGGAAUUGCAUUGCUGUUGAUGUGUUCAGUGUCCACAGUCUCUCAGCUUGAAACCUGGAUGUUAUCCCAAAUGCGAACCACAUCCGGAACAUCACUGAGGGCCUCUAUGAGUGUGGAAGCCGCAUCCAGCUGCUCCUGGUCCAGAGGCAAGAUGGUGCGAGGAACAAACUCGCAGGCGACGGACGUCACCUGCAUUCCCAACCGCUGUAAAUGGGAGCAUCAUCCUCAUCCGUCGUCUCCUCGACGUCCUCUGCACCAGCCUCGAUGGCCAGUUCCAGCGCUCGAUCCAAUGUGAUGUUCUGACCAGGCACCACCACCACCCCCCUCCUGGAGAAGUUACCGCUUACUCCCUGUGAGAGCAUCCCACUGUGGAGAGGUGGAUUCUGAUGACGUCAUCACUCGGGACGAACAGAUCUACGUGCUGAUUGGUGCUCAUGCCAAUUGUGAAAAGACCAUCAAGGCACAAAUGGCUCUUGCACAAGAAGGUGAAUGUAUCCCUGAGUGGGAUGGGAUUAUCUGCUGGCCAAGGAGCAGGUCCGGUCAGCUAGUGUCAGUUCUGUGUCCUGAGUACAUUUAUGACUUUAACCACAGAGGUCGGGCCUACCGCCAUUGUGAUGCAUCUGGUAACUGGGAGCAGGUGUCCAUCAUCAACCGCACGUGGGCUAACUACAGCGAGUGCACCGCCUAUUUGUCGUCAAAUUACAGAAACCAGGAAGAGAAGGUGUUUGAAAGGCUCCACCUCAUGUACACUGUUGGCUACUCCAUCUCUCUGGCAUCCCUGCUGGUGGCCGUCUCCAUCCUCUGCUACUUCAAGCGUCUCCACUGCACCCGCAACUACAUCCACGUCAAUCUAUUCACGUCCUUCAUUUGCAGAGCAGUCAGCAUCUUUGUGAAGGAUGCAGUGCUUUACUCAGUGACAGCCAAUAGUGAAGCAGAACCUGAGCUUGCAGGACACAAGCAGCACAUGGUUAAUUGCAGCAGCAUCUCUCACUAUUUACACGCUCGUUUCUUAUCACAUUUGGCAUCAUGUUUGUGUGUUCAGGCUGGCUGCAAAGUAGCCGUCACGCUCUUCCUGUACUUUCUGGCCACCAACCAUUACUGGAUCCUGGUGGAGGGCUUGUACCUACACAGCCUUAUCUUCAUGGCCUUUCUCUCUGAUAAGAACUACCUGUGGGCCCUCACUGUCAUUGGGUGGGGUGUUCCGGCUUUAUUUGUGUGCAUUUGGGUCAGUGUGCGUGCAUUGCUGGCAGAUACACAAUGUUGGGACAUCAGUGCUGGGAACCUGAAGUGGAUUUAUCAAGUUCCCAUUCUGGCCGCCAUUGUUGUGAAUUUCCUCCUCUUUGUCAACAUUAUACGCGUUCUAGCCUCCAAACUGUGGGAGACCAACACUGGCAAACUGGAUCCUCGGCAACAAUACAGGAAGCUCCUCAAGUCAACACUCGUGCUCAUGCCCUUAUUUGGAGUCCACUACAUGGUCUUCAUGGCUCUUCCUUACACUGAAGUGUCUGGGCUGCUGUGGCAGGUGCAGAUGCACUAUGAGAUGUUUUUCAAUUCAUCACAGGGCUUCUUUGUGGCCUUUAUCUACUGUUUCUGCAACGGUGAGGUGCAAGCAGAGGUAAAGAAGGCGUGGCUAAGAAGAAGCUUAGCACUGGACCUCAAGCAAAAAGCCAGGAUAACCAGCAGUAAUGGCGGAGGGAGCUGUUAUUAUGGCGGCAUGAUGUCUCACACCACCACCCACAGCGUCUGCAUGUCCGCCGCACAUCCCAGAGCGUUUCCCCUCAGCGGCGGUGCCAGUGUGGCGUCCAGACUACCACGCCACGCCCCUCUCUGUGCACAGAGCAGUCUGCCUGGAUACACGCUCAGCUAUUGUGAGACAUCGGGUCUUCAGCAGGAGAUAUCAGCAAGGGAGCAAGGAGGGAGCGAGUCUGGAGGAGUCUUUGCAAGGCAUGCAAGAGGUGGCAAAAGACACGAGCAGAAUAAAAGCUGUGGCGUUCCAACAGAGAUUCCUGCAGAAGGUGAUGCUGACAGCACAUUGUCUGUUAAAGAGCUGGAGACUGCCCUGUAAGAAUGUUGGCAUGAACUUUUGGAGGUCAAGGAUCAACUUGUGUUUGGUAAACGUCAUCUUGAUAAGGAUGACAGGUGAAACUGCACACUCUAAUUAGAUUCAACACAAGAGACAGUUAAGAAAAAAAUCAUAAAAAAUAGGAAAAAAGAAAAACAAUUUGAAAACAAAUUAAAUUUUUUUACAUAAAAUACAAGAAAAACAAAAUAAAACAAAGGGAAAAAGGAAAAUGCACAGCAAAAGAUUAAAAAAAAAGAUAAAGAUCUUUUGCAAUUGGAUGUUUUGGGUCAAUUAUUUCUAUUAUAGUAUGUACAGAAUAAAUAAAAAAAUUAAAACAUUUGUAAAAAGAAUAGGAAAAAAGAAAGAAGUAAAAGAAAGAAAUGCAAUUCAAGAGUUUUAUCAAUAAUUUUGUCUUCUGUCAGUUUCAGAAUGUGUACAUAAUAAAUAAAAAAGAAAUAAGAAAAAUAAAAUAGGAAAAUAUUUUAAAACAGAAAAAUGGAAAAAAGAAACAAAAACAACAAAAAAGAGAUCAAAUACAAGAUUUGAAUCAAUACUUCUUUCAGAGUUUUACAAAAUGCAUUAUAUUCUAAUAAAAAUGCAAAUACAGAAAAAAAUCCUAUAAAAAAAAUGGAAAAAAAUGACAAAAUAUAUCCAAUACAGGAACUGUAUAAGUUAUUUAUUAAAAAUAUGUAUAUAAAAAAGGAACAAAGAAAUAAAAAAAGAGGGGAAAAAUCUAAUACAAGAGGAAAAAAGAAAGAAAAAAACAUUCAAUCCAAGAGUUUUAUCAAAAAUAACAUUUUCUGUCACAGAAAUAUUAGUUUAACCAUAUGUUUAUUAUUGAUGUUGUGUAGUGGUGUACAAUGGCAGCAUGGUAUUGGAUCAAAAUAGAUUGUGUAGGCCAGGGGUCACCAACGUGGUGCCCGCGGGCACCAGGUAGCCCCCCAAGACCACAUGAGCCUGCCCGCGAGCCUGCUUUUCAUUCAGGUUUUCAGAUAAUAAUGAGAGAACAGUAGAAAGAAAUGCAUUCUGAAAUACAAAAUGUGAGUUGUGGACACCAGCAUUUUGUUAAUGUUCUGGUAAAACAAGCAUAUUCGCUUUGUUUGGGUUUAAAAUAAGCUCUGAAAAUAAAUGUUACAAAAAUGAGUAACUCUUGGCCAUUUUCAUUUUGUAAAGUAGCUCUCACAAGGAAAAACAUUGGUGACCCCUGGUGUAGGCGCACCUUAAAGGAAGACUUUUUAAAAAAUUUUUGCCCAUCAUCCGCAAUCCUUAUGUAAGACAUGAAC